ACCCCGCGGUGCUCAAAGUCGGAACACUGGAGCCCCGGUGCCGACGUUCGCGUCCCGGUGCCGCGUCGUCGUCCCGUCGAGUCGAGAGUACUCGCGACGAAUCACCGUGCCCGAAGGUGUGAGAGAAAGAGAGAAGGAAAGGAAGAAAGAGAGAGAGAGAAAUAGCCCUCUCUUUCUCUCUCUCUCUUUCUCCCCCUCGCGUUCCUCCGCCGUGUUCGUAUUCGCGUGCCGACGCCGAGUAACCGCCGUGUGCGAAUCGACUGAGUGAGUGCGCCAUGUUCGCGCGUCGCGGCACGUCACCGGCUUGACGUUGCCCCGGAACGACGCGCGACAAAGGGAAGUCGACAAAGUAGUGUGUCUCGUGUGUGACGUGCUACUGGCUGCGCGAAGGUGUACGCGAGUGCUGGCCCUGUCGUCGUAGGAAACACCUCGGCGGAGAGCUGCGCAGCUGGCUCCAGCACGCCGUGGGAUCGUGGAAUGCACGCUGACAGCUGCUGCGGGUCCUUUCGACGGGCGAGAAGCGCGCUCGACAACGUCCGGAUCUGGCCGACGAAAUCGCGCCGAAUCUGACGUCGCACAGCAGCAGCAACAGUAGCAGUCCACUCUCUUUCUCUCUCUCUCUCUCUCUCUGUCUGUCUCGCCCGACCCGGCCGGAAAGAAACGGCGCGGCUUCCGGUACGGCUCUCUCGAUAUGAGGGAGAGGCGGAAAGGGGGUUCACAGUUCGUCGGAGCGGCUAACGAUCGUCGGUGCUGGUGGACGCGGAGAGGCGUCAUCGCGAUCGGCGGUGCGCCGCGAUGAGCGGCAACGAUUCGAGCGCGACGGCGUCGGCCAGCGUCGCCGAUGACGAGGAGGAAGAUCCGGCCUUGACCUCGGAUUGCGAGUCCGCCGACAUGGAUCUGGUGAACGGGCCGAAUCCCUGGCUUCCGGCCUACGGCUUCCAGCUGCAGCAUCACUCCCACUUCCAACCGACACACUUGGAGGAUCUACGGGCUAAUGAUACGGUGCUGGUACAGCAGGUAGACUUUCUGGAGACCAUUCUCGAGGAGACGUCGGACGAUCUGCAGAGCGACUCCGACCGCAGCGGGACGACGUAUUGGUUGGGAUCUGAUUCGGAGACUGAGAGCGUGAUUCAUAUCAGAGCGAAGCAGAGAUCCGCCGACGAACGGUUAGACGGCAGCGGCAGCGAGUGCAACUCGGUGGUGCCCAAGAAGCGACGUCGUCGGGACCACCACGGCGCCGACCACCAGCACCACCAGGUGACCUAUGACGAGUUCCCGGCGUCGCCGAGGUCGUCCAGGUCCACAGCUUCCUCCAGGUCGAGCUCGUUGCUGCAGUUCGAGUCGCUGGAGAGGACUUGCGCCACCCUGUCGCCGUCCAGCUACAGCUUCGACUCGCUGGAGUAUUCCAACAGGUCGAACGCCUCGCAUCCGGAGAACGACUCGCCUGACAGCUUGGAACAGGACUAUGAUAGGCUGCUGCCGAACGGCUUCGCCAGCAGUCUGUCGGGUCAUUUUCCCAGGAUCAGGCCUUAUCGCAGCUUCGAGAGCCUUGACACGUGUCAGAAGGACGAGAGCUUCGGUCAUGCCGCCAUGUCCAAUGGCUUUGCGCCUUUGUAUCUGAAGAGGGGCGCCGAUCUGUCGAAUAUCAGCAGGAACAAUCAACGUCCAAGAGACUUCUGGCACGAGGACGAGUACGACGAGGAAGACGACGAGGACGACUUCGAGGAGUACGACGACGAGAGCGGCGCGAACGAGUCCCGAUUGACGACGAGCGGCUACGACGACCAUCUGCUGCUGUUCGGUGAGUCCGGCAAGUACGCGACGUCCUUGGACUACCGGAACACGAUCGACCUGCGGGAGAUCGGCGUGGAGACGAAGAGGGACGCACUUUUGGAGCUGAAGUCCGGGCAGAAGACCGCCAGGUUAAAUAUAGCCGUCGCCGCUGGCGGCAACGGUGCCGCGGACCACCAUCAUCAUCAUCACCAUCAUCAUCAUCAUCAGCAUUCGCAGCAGCAGUUCCAACAGCAGCAGUACGACCAGCACGAUCAUCACCGUCACCAUCACCACCACCACCACCACCACCGUCGCUGCCGCCGCCAACAACAGCAGCAGCAGCAGUACCAAGGGUGGAGCGACGAGGAGCGCUUUAAUUUUAGAUUCACGGACAAGUCGCAGAGCGCGCCCAGUCUGCUCGGCAGUAUCGAGGAGUCAGCACGGCUGAACGGCUGCGAGGGUGCUCCUCGCACCUCGAGGACGACCUCCUACGUGUCGACGUCGAGCCUCUUCGAGAACUACACGCGGGUUGCGAGCGUGCCGGUGGAUCUGAAUCUCUGCGGCGUCGUCGCGUGCGUCGACGAUAGUCGCGACGACGACGACGAGGAGAUGAACGGCCACGAAAUGGCGGAGGCCGCCGCGCCCGGCGAUCGAGACGAGCGGAGGACCGCUUCCGAGGAGGAGGAAGGAACGAGCAGCUCGACGGAGAACGACGAGGCACCGGGAGGAACAACAACGGGCGGCAAGGUCACAUUGACCAGUUCGGUGAGGACGCAGCCGGCGCAGCAGAGCGCGCUGAUGGAGAGCGCGGAGCGCGAAGAGAAGAGGAGCGGCGAAGAGCGCGCCAAGGUCGGCGCGGAUCACGGUGAGCCGCGCCAGCAGCCGAGGACGACGACCGUGAAGACGCAGGAUCGCGCCAACUGCGUCCUGGACAUGGCGAUGAUGACGGAGAACGAGAUCGACGAGGCGAUCAAGCAGUUCAAGCGCGAGGUGGAGGAGGCCGCGGCCUCCGGAGUCGCGAACGCCGCCAUCUUGGCGAUGGAGACGAUCCAGCGAACGCCGUCCGGCCGUGUGAGGAGCCGCAGGGUGAAGAACAACGCCAGUUACGAGCUGGCCCAGCAGUUCGAGGUGGACGAGCGGAACUUCCGGCUUGCUCGCGGCAAGGACGACGAGGAGGAGGAGGUUCCGAAGCGAGCCGGCUCGCCCGGCCGGAGGCACGUGCUGAACAACGCCAGCUACGAGCUGGCCCAGCAGAGCGAGUACUUCGUGAAGGCGAUGCAGAGCGGCAGAGCGGCGUUCCACCGGAUGGACGCCUGCGACGAACUGGAGGAGGCCUCCUCCGCGUCCGGCCGCUCCUCGGCACCGAGGGUCGCCGACGUGAUGCGCCAGAUGGGCUCGGGCAGCAACAUCAGCGAGGAUUCGUACUACAGACCGGCGGACAACAACACCGCCUCCUCCCGCACGAUCAGCAGCAGCGACCCGGCCGACUCGCUCUUCGGUCAGAUAAAAAAAAACUCGGGUCCAUUUUCGGUCUGUGGCGAUGUUAGUGCGCGCUCGCGCCUGGUAGACGACGAGGUAGAUUACCCCUGCUUGGAAACCAAACCCAUAGGAGCGUCCUACUUGGAGGGAGUCGUUCUGCGAGAGAGGACCGAGACGGAGAUACCGCCGCGGCUGGAGGAGGCUGCUGUCCUGGAACAUCCCGUCGAGGAGCCCGCGGCAGAGGAGAGCGGCCCGAUCGGUGAGUUCUCUCCGGAGGACGACGGUAGCGAGAAUCGCCGGGAGGAGGACUCGGGGAACGCGCCGAGCGAGGAGCGUGCCCCGAGUCCUGGCGGCCGGGGCGCCGGCGAACGUCUGUGGAGGGUCGUGAUCGAGAAACAAACGGCGAGGCAGGAGACGGCGGAGGAGCGCGAGAAGGAAGCGGGCGACGGGGCGGAGGUGGUGGAAAAGAAGGAAGAGGAGGAGGGGGGGCAGAGUGUCCACGGUGUUGGCUCGUCCCCACCCGACGGCCGGACGAGAGCCGACGAACGUAGUGGGAAGCCGACGGUGGCCGUGGCAGUUGAUACGAAUCAUCGUGGUGAUCGCGACAAACGUCACGAGGAGCGCGCGCUGAGCAGCAACGAGGACGACGCGGCCGUAACAAUCGCGAAGCGGCCGUACGUCGUCGCUACCCCGAGGAAGAAGGAGCACGGCGGCAAGUACGAGGCCACCGUCGCCUCGUCCUCAUUAUCGUCCUUACCGUUGUCGACGACGUCGUCGUCGUCCGUCAUGAAGAGCGAGGAGAGGAAGAAGAGCGGCCUGGGCGGCUUCCUGCAGAGGUUCUCCAGGCUGAGAUUCAGCGGCAGGACGAAGGUUCCGCGUUCGGAAGCGCAGAAGAAAACAGCCGAGCCGAGGACGAGCGAGGAGCAGCAGCAGUCAGCUGCGACCACUAAGAAGAAGGAGCCGGACUACAUCAUCAUACCGUUGCACCCGCCUGAGGAGGAGAGGAGACGCCAGGAGAUCGCCACUCUCGAGGAAGCCGGCAGGAGGAACAAUGUGGACAUUCAGCGAAGCGCUUCCAGUGUCAGCAGUAACGCGAGGUCGGCAGCGUCGCGCCGACGCGCCGCCACGGACCUUGGUAACCCGGCGGCGAUCGAGAUGGCGAAGGCGCGCGCGAUGCAGGCCGCCCAGCAGGAGCGCCCGGUCGGCCUGCUGGAGACCGACCUCGACGAGGCCGUGAUCAACACGAACUACGGCAACGGCACGACGACGACGGCGUCGACGCGCGCCGGUCAGACCGCUGCUGCUGCCGCCGCCGCCACCACCGCCGGCAAGAAGACCCGCAGCCUGCUCGACCUCAACCACACCUCGGCGGCGCCGCGGCCGCGGCCAGAGCACGCCCUCCACGUACCCCAGUCGCCCGUCGGCGCUUCGCACAGGAGCCCCCGCGACGACGCCGCCGCGUCCGCCAUCCACCAGCGGCCCCACAAGUCCAUGGAGUUCCUCCUCGACAAGGAGAACCUGCACUUCGUCAAGCCGCCGGAGAAUGAGCUGCAGAAGGUGGGCGAGCGCGUGCCGAGCGAGCACGAACUCCGUGUGCAGCGGUCGUUGCAGCGGCUGAACGUGCCCGACUGGUACAAGAAUUCGCCGGCAGCCCGCGACGGCUUCCGAUUGAAGAGACACUCCGACGCGUCGCAGCACGGAGGGUGGCGCGCCCUCGGCUCCAAGACCACCUCCCUGUCGUCCCUCUCGUCGUCUUCCAACCGACAGCCGGCCGCAGGUGCCCUUCUGAGUCCCAGUCCCACGCCCCCCGUCUUCUCGAGAUGGAGUACCAGCUUGCUCAACAGCGCCGGCAGUUCGCCCGCGAGUUCGGCCAGGUCGUCCUUCAACCACCGACAGCCCUACUUGGGCUGGCGUUCUCAGGAACGGCUGGCCAACCCGCGCACGCCGGCGGAACGUCUCGCUCAGGGUAUACUUCCUCAGCUGCAGGCCGCGAACAAGCAACAGCAGCAGCAACAUCAGCAGCAGCAGACAACGAAUCAGCAGCUGGAGGUGCGGAACUCGAUAAAGGAGGUUACCUCGGCUAUCGUGCACUACGUGCAGAGCGGCCAGGAGGUCGGCGGCGGCAGACUCUCGCCUCGACCUCGACCUGAGGAUUGGGACGACAGGGGCGGAGCGAGGUCGACCAGCCCCCGAGGGAGCGUGAAGCUGUGCUGGAUGGAGAGCUCGUUCGUCGGUACGCGGCCAGUGGACUCGCCGGAGACGCCGAUGAGCCUGGCGACCGAGGAGGCCGACUGCUGCGCCGGCUGCAACGCCACCGGCACCGAGUCCUGCAGCUGCCAGGACUCGGCGGCCUCCGGCCUCUAUCUGGACCUGACGCCGAGCCGCGACGACCUGCGUCAUCAUCAUCAUCAUCAUCAGGCGUCCUCGGCCGGACCGUCGCCCACCUCGUCCGCUAAUUACCACCAUCACCAGCAGCAGCAGCAUCAUCAUCAUCAUCAGCAACGUCACCAGCACCACCGUCAGCAACAACGUCAUCACCGCGGAUCGGGCCAGAGCGAUACGGACGAGGCGAUGGCGACGGCAGCUCUUCUGCGGAACAAACCGAGUCCGGGUUCCACGACCCUGGAGGACGUACUUGACUCCCUCCUGGGGCUGCCACCCGCGUCGCGUACCCCGAGUCCUGGCCCAGGACCCGUCGUGACCGCUACGUCCAUCCGCCAUCGUACGAACGUCGGCCAGGCGAAAGCCGGGAAGAGCUGCAGCGACCUACGCCAAGACCUCCAAGAGUCCGCUAGGAGCGUGAUGGACGUGCAGGCGGCGGUCGAGGAGCGCACUUUCUACCCGGGCGAGCUGGUGAGGCGGAAGAGCGAGGGUAGCGAUACCUUACCCUCCCGUCCAUCGGCAUCGGCGCCGCGGCCCGCCGCCGGUGGUAGCGUCCAACGUCACCGCAGGGUCUCCUUCGACAAUGCGCAGGACUCGACGAACGGCAGCUCGGCGGACAAGGUGGUGCGCUGUCGCAACAACAAGUGCGGCAACUCGACGACCUUGGCGGAGGCUCGGCGUACCUACAAGAGCUGCCACAACUGCACCUGCCUGUACUGCUCGCGCGAGUGCCGGCGGGCCCACUGGCAGCGUCACCGCAGGACCUGCCUGCACUCGCGCGCCGGCAGCCUCUGCCGGCAGGUGUUGUCCUCGGCGAAGGAGGACCCGGCGACGCUGAAGCACAUCUCCGCGCUCGCCCGACGCGGCCACGCCGCCCAAGGCCGCGGCGCGGUCAAAUGCUUCUUCUCCAGCCCGGAGGCCGCGGAGCGGUUCGUCGGGAACGGGUUCGCCGACCUCGGCGAGCCCACCUACGUGCGCUGGUCGGACCUCCUGCCAGGCGAGAUGGGCGCCGAGCUCUACGCCGAGCUGAUGCGCCUCUGCAAGACGUACAAUCCGGAGGCAAGGCUGGUGCUCUACGUGGCGGUGUGCGUGGUGAGCGAGGUGCCGACCAGCGGCGCCGUCAGAUGGGAGCGCCAGCUGGUGUCCAGGUGCGCGAAGAUCAGGCUGGACGGUGCGGCGAAGCAGCACGCCUCCUCGUCGUCGACGUCGCCGCAGGCCAGACGGCAGCAGCAGCAGCAGCCCGCGUCACCCUGCAACAUCACCCGCGAGAUGGACUCGCCCGAGACCCUGGUGCUCACCUCGUUGCCGGGCAACAACGGUCAGAACACGCCGCGGAAGGCGCGCGAGAUCAGCUUCACCAACAUCCAACGGCAGCUGAGGCUGCGCGGGGUCUCCCUGAGGCGGCAUUUCCCUCAGGUCUACCGGAAGCUCUGCUCCUACGUGGACGGCUCGGUGGACAAGUUCGCGCCGGUCACCAUCUACCCGAGGGAUCAAGCCUCCGGCAAGAGUUUCAUGUGCAUCAUCAUGCUGGACGCGGAGCCCGAGCGGCUGCAGCUCUUGCCGACCGACUCGUCCCGGGUGAGGACGGUGGACAUCAGCGUGGAGCAGGAGUGAAGGGCGAGCAGGCGUCAGCAACUUCGUCGGGGCUUGAUCGACACGUCGCUCAGGAUUUUCCUCAGGUUCUCGGGCGAGAAGGGAAGAAGCGCCGACGUCGAUGACGGGCUCUCUGUCGCGGACACGAGGCUAGCCGGGCGACGCGAAGGUCCCGGGGACGUUUCGACUUUUGAGGCUGUCCCUUGACGGUCGCGUUCUCGAGGGGUGUUUCGAAGGGCCCCGAGAGGACGUCGUAACUCGCUGCGGAAAACAAACGGUAAUCCUGACCACUCGUUACUUCCCAGUCGAGUGACGUAUCAAAGACGGUACCGACGACGUCUCGCGGACGUCGUUGUUACACGAUGAACAAAUUCCGUGUAAAUGACGGCCCACUGAAAUCGUCGUGUUUCGUUUCGACUAGGUGAAUACGUCGAUUCGACAUAUAUUAGUGUACUUUUCGACAUAUUCCCACGUCGUACGUGACACGGAAAUUUCAGUGUUUCAGUUUUUUAUACAGAUUUUUUCACUAUGUGCGUCACAAUGUUUGCUGGGUUCUCUCGAGCAACGGCAGGACGGUGACGGGUUAUUUUUCCAGAGUGGCCGACGGUAGUCGAGAGUUAGUUUCUCCGAUGGGUAACGGGCAACGAGUCGCUUUUAAAAAUGUAACCUUCCGAAGCGCGCAUUUUUCCGUCGAAUUUUUACGUUGGAGGACAAACCUCGGGGGACACACGCGUAAAGAAAGACUGAGCCGGCCACGUCGCCGCGCUGUAAACGGGCCGGAGCGCCCGGAAACACGCUUGUACAAAGAUACUCGUAACUUUGUUAAUUUUUAUUAAUUAUCUUAAGGACACACGCGCUAUCUUUGUCUAUCUAUCUGUCUGUCUAUCU